AUGUUCACACUGGGUGGAAGUCAAUCAAUGCCAGCAAAUAAUCACCAUUACUCUCUAUGCUAUCUAACAAAAUUAAACAGGACCUCUUGUUAUAUUUUAAUCAAUCGUAUUAAUAUUAAUCAAAACAAUUAUGUUCAACCACCAAAGUCAACAACUAAGAAUAAUUUAACAUUUACUAGUACUUUUAAAGAAUUCCUCCGAUUCUUCAACUUAAAAAGCUUUUUGGCUUAUUUAAACCAAUCAUCUUUUACCUUAUAA